AUGCCACGGACUGUCGAAGGUAAUGCUACAAACAGGUUUAAACGAAAUCUACGGAAAAGCCUGAGAAUACUGCAAACGAACUUAGGCAGAGAAACAGCAGCCCACGAUAUAGCCUUUGCCACGGUAGCCGAGUAUAACAUAGACCUACUGGUAGUGGGGGAACCCAAUAAGACCAUCAUAAAAGCUCAAAAAUAG